GACGUUUCCGGCUCCGGCAGACAUAUUGCUUACAGGAGCAAAUUCUGGGAAGCUAGAAGAGCGAGAGAGAGAGGAUUCAAAAUUGAUUAAUAUCUUCACGACUUGACAGACACAAACGACACAGGACGUAAUGGAGCCGUCAGCCAGUCCGGCCAAAGACAACUACAGGAUGAACCGCUACAAGAACAAAGCACUGAACCCCGAGGAGAUGAGGCGCAGGAGAGAGGAGGAGGGCGUCCAACUCAGGAAACAGAAACGAGAACAACAGCUUUUCAAGAGGAGGAAUGUGGACGUUCUCAAUGAAGAAGAGGCCAUGUUUGAGAGUCCACUGGUGGACCCUUACCUCAGCUCUCCAGCAACAGAAGGAGUCAUCACCAGAGACAUGGUCGAGAUGCUUUUCUCGGAGGACCAAGAGCUCCAGCUCGCCACGACGCAAAAGUUCAGAAAGCUACUUUCUAAAGAGCCCAACCCCCCGAUCGAUGAAGUCAUAAACACGCCCGGAGUCGUCGAUAGGUUUGUGGAGUUCUUGAAGAAGAGCAUCAACUGCACAUUACAGUUUGAAGCCGCUUGGGCACUGACCAACAUCGCAUCAGGCACAUCCAUGCAGACGAAGACGGUGAUUGUGGCCGGAGCGGUGCCGAUCUUCAUCGAACUACUCAACUCGGACUUUGAGGAUGUUCAAGAACAGGCGGUGUGGGCCUUGGGUAAUAUUGCAGGGGACAGUGCAGUGUGCAGGGACUACGUGCUGAACUGCGACAUCCUUCCGCCAUUAUUAAUGCUUCUGACCAAAUCCACGAGAUUGACCAUGACUAGGAAUGCCGUGUGGGCUCUGUCUAAUCUCUGUAGAGGAAAAAACCCUCCGCCUGCUUUUGAAAAGGUGUCGCCCUGUCUGCCGGUGCUGUCCAGGCUUCUGUUCAGCAGCGACCCAGACUUGCUGGCGGACGCCUGCUGGGCCCUGUCGUACCUCUCGGACGGCCCCAACGACAAGAUCCAGGCCGUCAUCGACUCCGGCGUCUGCAGGCGCCUCGUAGAGCUCCUCAUGCACACGGACUAUAAGGUGGCCUCGCCUGCUCUGAGAGCGGUAGGAAACAUCGUGACUGGAGACGACAUCCAGACGCAGGUGGUGUUGAACUGCUCAGCUCUGCCGUGUCUGCUGCACCUUCUCAGCAGCGCUAAAGAGUCCAUUCGCAAAGAGGCGUGCUGGACCAUCUCAAACAUCACCGCAGGGAACCGAGCACAAAUACAGACGGUAAUCGACGCCAACAUCUUCCCGGUUCUGAUCGACAUUCUCCAGAAAGCCGAGUUCCGGACCCGGAAAGAGGCGGCGUGGGCCAUCACCAACGCCACCUCCGGAGGAACGCCGGAGCAGAUCAGAUAUCUGGUGAACCUGGGCUGCAUCAAGCCGCUGUGCGAUCUGCUGACGGUGAUGGACUGUAAGAUCGUCCAGGUGGCUCUCAACGGGCUGGAGAACAUCCUGAGGCUCGGCGAGCAGGAGGCCAAGCAGGAGAACAGCGGCACCGGAGUGAAUCCGUACUGCAGCCUCAUCGAAGAAGCCUACGGUCUUGACAAGAUCGAGUUCCUCCAGAGCCACGACAACCAGGAGAUCUACCAGAAGGCCUUCGAUCUCAUCGAGCACUAUUUCGGGGUGGAGGACGAGGACAACAGUCUGGCCCCUCAGGUGGACCAGGCCAACCAGCAGUUCCUUUUCCCCCAGCAGGAGGCUCCCAUGGAGGGCUUCCAGCUUUAAGUCUGCAGCCCCUCGCCUCCCUCAAAUAAACCAUUUAACCCCCCCCCCCCCCACCCCUCUCGCCUUCACACCUCCUUGUCUCAUAGAGGACCCCUAGAUGCCGGCGUCAGACCUCCCUGAUCUUGCCACUAUCUCCCUGCACACACAGCCCCCCCCCCCCCCCUUUUGUUGCUUUUAGGAUUAGUUAUUUUCCCCCCACAACACCUUUUUUUUUUUUUGUGCUUGUGAUUUUUUAUUUUAUUUUUUCUUCUUCUUCUUUGGUAUUGCUUUUAGGUUUACGGUUCAGAUAAUCUGAUGCCCAAGCUAAGAAGUGUCUCCCUCCCUCCCUCCCUCCCUCCCUCCCCUCCUAUUAAUGAUAAUGUUUUAUUAAGUGUGGAAACUUUCAGGGGGAGGUUUGAGAUGUGAAAUCGUAGGAUUGUAGAACGGGCUCUGGAUGGGAUAGUGGAAAAGGGGUUUUAUAGAGGAUAUGUUUAAAGAUCUAGUAAAAAAAAAAAAAAAAAUGGGGUGGUAUAGUUAUAGAUCCAAUGUUUGUCGUGUGCUGUGUUAUUAAUAACAUUUGAAUUAUGAAGUGAUCUAACUAUUUAACAAGACACAGCUGGGGAUUUAAGGGGGGGGGGGGUACCA